UUGAUUUUUAUUGCCGUUAUUGGGCGUAUCCCUAGCAGGUUUUUGGUGCAAAGAGUGCAAAAUUUGUGCAGGUGCUGUGGAUAUGGUGUGGUUUGAGCCAAGAUGGAUAGCUGGCCGUGAAUAAGAGGGCUAGGUGGCUGUAAAAGAUUUUGUAAUUUAACAAAAUGAGUAGUGAACUAGAGCAACUACGGUCAGAAGCAGAAGCUCUAAAAAAUCAAAUUAGAGAUGCACGAAAAGCAGCAUGUGAUACAUCGCUCACCGCUGCCACGGCGAACAUGGAGCCGGUCGGUCGCAUUCAGAUGCGGACGCGGCGAACACUCAGAGGACACCUUGCCAAGAUAUACGCCAUGCACUGGGGUACAGAUUCACGAAAUUUGGUAUCGGCAUCACAGGACGGUAAAUUAAUUGUUUGGGAUUCAUAUACAACAAACAAGGUACACGCCAUUCCUCUCCGUUCUAGUUGGGUAAUGACUUGUUCCUAUGCUCCAUCAGGCAGUUUUGUUGCAUGUGGUGGUUUGGAUAACAUAUGUUCGAUCUACAGUUUGAAAACAAGAGAAGGAAACGUGCGUGUGAGUCGAGAGCUUCCCGGCCAUACUGGAUACCUAUCCUGUUGCAGAUUUCUCGAAGAUAACCAGAUAGUCACUAGUUCAGGAGAUAUGUCAUGCGCCCUAUGGGAUAUAGAAACAGGGCAGCAGUGCACGGCAUUCACAGGUCACACUGGUGAUGUCAUGAGUUUGUCCCUAUCACCCGACAUGAGAACGUUCGUCUCCGGGGCUUGCGACGCUUCCUCAAAGUUGUGGGACAUACGUGAUGGGAUGUGCAAGCAGACAUUUUCCGGACAUGAAUCUGAUAUCAAUGCUGUUACAUACUUUCCCAAUGGAUAUGCAUUUGCAACAGGGUCAGAUGAUGCCACGUGCAGGCUUUUCGACAUCCGAGCUGACCAGGAGUUGGCUCUAUAUUCGCAUGACAACAUUAUCUGCGGUAUCACAUCAGUAGCUUUCUCAAAGUCUGGCCGUCUUCUCUUCGCUGGUUACGAUGACUUCAAUUGUAACGUGUGGGAUUCAAUGCGAACAGAGCGCUCUGGCGUUCUAACUGGGCACGAUAACCGAGUAAGCUGCCUCGGCGUUUCCGAAGACGGCUUUGCUCUGACAACCGGCUCCUGGGAUAGCUUCCUAAGGGUUUGGAAUUAGUCGAACCAUUACCUUCAUGUCGACGAGUCUUACAAGGUGUUCUUGCUGGGCAUGUUAACCAAGUUAGCUGCUUGGGAGUGAGCGAUGAUGGAAUGCCAGUACGCAGCGACUGGUGGGACAGCUGCGUCAGGGCGUGGCGCCGUCUGCGAGAGCGUCGGCCGUCGGAGACGACGUCGCGACGUCGUCAUUUUCAUCGUUGUGACAGUGUUUGUGUGCGUCGCCACGACAGCAGCGUGCUUGGCUGGGACUGGCUGCCGGGCGGUGGUUGCGACGCGUGCAAGGAUGCUCCCCUGUUAGUGCCCAGCAACGGCACCUCAGUCCCCCAACAUCUGUAGUGGUUCAUCAUCUGUGACUGUAAAUUUUUAUAUAUGAGCACUGUGUUGCAUUUAGGGAGAUAGAGUGUUGGUAGGCAGCAGCACUGCUGGGGAACGCGUGUAGAAAAUUGCUCUGCCAUGGGGAAUCGAUAGCAAGCAGCAACCAGGGAAACUGUGUUGAGGUGGAGCCUUGUCCAUCACUCACCCACAGUACUAGGCCUAGGUGGCACAAGGUGCUUGGUGAAGUGCGCAGCUCCUGUUUAUUCACCACUCACUUGUUGCCGUUUUUACUGCCCCAAUUGCUGAUUUUGGUGUUGUGCUCUGUACAGUAUCCAACAUGUUGUCUGUGCCAGGCACUUGUCAUUAUUCCACAUUGAAAGCUUUGGAUGUUGUCGUCGCACAUCUUCGGCAUCGUCGUUCUGCUUACCUUACAGAGACCGAGAGUCCGCGAGAGCGUGAGAGUGAGUGCUGUUCAGUGUAUUUUGCUUGAAUACAGUUUUAUAUAAUAAUUGUUAAUGUGGAAAUUGCUUUUCGUGAGCCGAUACAAGUGCGCGCGCGCGCGCGGUGCGACCGCCGCCGGCCGCGAUAGUGAGCGGCCGUCGUGUCAGCGCUUCUGUCUCUUAGCUUUCACCUACAGGUGGUGUUGCUUUAUAGAUGUAAUCAUGCGAAAUCGAACUGCAUGAUCGCGCCACGCUGUGUCGCGGCGUGCCGGGCCUGUCCUGAUGACAUCGCGUGUCGUCGCAUCCCUUGUUGCGAGCACUCGUAAGGCGUUACGUGACGUUUGGCUGCAAUCGUCGUCGGCGCAAGCGCGGCGACGGGAGAUCGGCCCCUCCGUAUCCGCUGCCGAUUUUAAUUACUAUUGUGAGUGAGAGAGAGCGUGAGCAAAAGCGUGUGCGUGCGCGCGAGAGCGCGAGAGAGAGAGAGAGCGCGUGUGUGUGUGUGAUAGCCGCUUCCAGAGAUGUAACCCGUUUACUGGUUUAAGUGUCGGGGGCAAUGUAUAAAACGAGUGAGCAGCUUGGCCGGUGCUCGAGAGCACUGUCCCCCGAACCCAGGAGUGAGGCCUGCAGCGUGGCGAUUGCGCAGCGUGCGGCCCUCCCCUGCGGGCGUCGUUCGUACCGUAAUAGUAGCCCUCCAAUAGCUGCUAUAAUUUUUUGAAAAUGCAAGCAUGUUUGAAUGGACCUUUCUUGGACUAGUUUUGAAGUCACCAUUGCGUAGAGUAGCGUUAUUGGUAGGUGCAGUGUAGCCCUUAACACGUACGUUUUUAAAAGACAGCCGUUUGUAGUUAACGUCAAGAUUAGCUGUUGCAGCUGGUAGUGUUAUAUUAAAUGCUUUCAAUUUGCGAUUUGGAUACUAAAUGUAUUGUAUGACUAUUAAAAAAGGGUAACUAUAUCAUCAUUGUCAUCAUCAUCAUGUUCAAUGCUGAGAACUGCAGAAUGUGGCUUUUAAGAGCUAUUUAUGCCUUUGUCUUUAUUUAUUAUUUUACUCUUACAUAGUGCUUUGGCCACUGUGAAUCAUGUACUAUCAGUAUCACAGUGUAUUUGAAGGUAUCGCCCUCAAUAGUGGCUAUUUUUAUUAGCAGCUGAGCGAAUAGUGGUCCUGAGUAAUUAUAUAUUGUUUCUCGUGAAAACCCUCGCGCAUCUGAAUGCGGUGUGGCACGGGGCAAUGUGGUGGGGUGAUGGCGGCGGCGUCCGCGCACACCCGUCUCGGGCGCCGCCCCGAGCGUGUGCCGUGUAUGUUGACCGUGUGUGCGUGUGCGUGCGUGCGUGUGUGUGUGUGUGUGUGUGUGUGUGUGUGUGUGUAUGUGUGAGAGAGAGAGUGUGUGUGUGCUUGCGCGCAUGUGUGUGUGUGCUUGCGCGCAUGUGUGUGUGUGUGCGUGCGUGCGUGCGUGUACUCCACGCUGUGCAUUCUGCGCACCCCUCCCCUGCGCUGCCAAGUGGACGUGCCCGCCGCGGCUUCCGCACCUAGUGCAGCUGUGGGCGCGACGAUUUGCGCUGCUCGGAUGGGAGCGGGGCCGGCCACGAUUCGAGCGGUCCGGGGAAAAAGUGCCAUGCUGUGUUCAGUUGUGUUGCGAUGAUUUUGCACAGUGUAACGUGAUCCAGUUGUAUGAUGACGGGAGUAAGAACAGAUGUUUCGUAUUUUUCACCGUUUGUCAGGACACUAGUACAAGUAGCGCAUGUGUUUGCUGUCGGGGCGUCUGACUCAGCUGAAUCGUUUUCUAGCUGGUUUUGUUCUCGUGGUGUGGUGCAGUCGGUCGGUGUUCAUGUAUAAAAUGAAGGCAGGCACCAUUUAGGCUUCGUGUUUCUCCUCAUAUACCCGUUUCCCACCCCUCUGUUUGUUCGAGUCUCCUUGGGCCUUUCUCGUGAGUAACCCCCUUAUCCCCGCCCUAUUCCCGUUUUCCCUUCAAUACGCGUACCCAAAUAGUAGUUCAUGUACCGUGAAGCCUAGCUUUUGAAAAUCUGUGCGGUCAUUGUUUCACACAUUACAGGACGAAGAUUGCAAUCCUCUACGCCGUGUCAUUUUGCAUGGUGAAUGGUAUACAUAUUGUGACACUUCAAAACGGUCACGUUUUUUCGUGUUUACUUUAUUUGCAGCCGUUUCGGUUUGUUAGAAUUGCUACGUGCAGGAAGAUUCUGCUGAUAAUCGUUGCGCUGCGUUGCCAGUACAUGGAGCGUUGAGUGCUGCCACCUGGGCGCAAUGCCAGCAGAGUGGCAGAAGGCUGAGUAGACGUUGGCGAUGUGACAGACGUGUGGUCACUGCUGUCGCUCAACUGAUAGCCCAUCACAGCGAUUUUCUGACCAUACUGUUGCUGAUCACUGCAAAUUACUAUAAUGUUGUAUACAAGUCUGGCCUGCUGUACAACAUUAAUGAAUAGUCCCAUUUGUGAAAUAUGUAUUGUAAUUUAACUUGUCCAAUAAAGCUAUUUGUCUUUACCAGAA